AUGGCUGAUCGUGGCUGGUUUGGUCGCGGGCGCUCGGCGCAUAUUGCGCAACAGCCACCGCAUCAAUCCAACACGACGCCAGACACGCAGAGCGAAGCUGGAGAUCAGGCGUCACAUGCAUCGCUUCAUCGUUCCUUGACGCAAAUCCCGCUGCAACAGAGCCACAAGCCCCCGACUCUGGCCAAGAUUUCGAGCUACAUCGGCUUGGGCACUCUCGCGAAAGCUCAAUCUCCUACCGUUGCGGUGUACCCUGAACUCGUCAUGGAACGAAGUAACUCGAUGAAGUCGGGAGCGACUGGUUCCCACGUAACCUCAGUCGACGGUGGUGGACCUAUUGGCGAUUGGCGACCCGCAAACAAGAAGGAGGGGAAGUUCCCCUACUACAAUGAGGCCGAUUGCACUUGGCACAACCCGAGCCUUGAGCAGAUGGUGGAGACCGUGUCGUGCACGAUCAUGAAGAAUGGUUCAUCUGCGCCCAUUCCGCGCCACCUCAAUGGCUGGAUCGCCGGCAUCAUCGAGGAAGUUUCUCACCAAACCAGCGAGCUUAACAGCCUCCGUACCCAGGUUGCGCAAUUGAAGGCAACUCGGCAGGAAGAAGUCAUGGAAUUUUCCAAAGUCACAGAAGAAUGGGCACUACGCGAGAUGAACUUCAAGGCAGAGAUCAACCGUUUGGAGCACAUCAUCUCUGACACACAGCAAGGUGCUGGGUCUGUGCUCUUGGCGAGGGCUGGGAGUGUCGUCAAUCGCAACGAUGGCAGAGCCUUCAGAGCCAAGUUGGACCAGUUGAGCAGGAGCGACGAGGGUAAGCCUUGCUUUGCUCACCCCCCCCCUUUAUCCCCAGUGGAAAAGUCUACCGACAUGAGCCUGGUAGGAGAUGAAAAUGCCCUUCCAGAAGAGGGUCAUCCCGCGGAUAGGCACCGCGACUACCUCGUUGAGCAGGACAAACGUGAUUCUAUCGCAUUAUCCCCUGGGGAUGUCGGCUUGACUGUCAACACAACUCCGUAUCAAGUUCUUGGAUCCACACCUAGCCUGCUCGAUCGUAACAACGAUGUCCACCUGAGCAAACAGCUUCGCAACGCAACCUCCAAGCGCUGCCGUAAGAAGGAUCAGGACAUUGGUGCGAAAUUGGUCGCCGCACGGAUCACGCUUCAGACAACUGGGAAGCCGCCGGCUCCCAGCGCGCAAAACUCAAACGACUCUUCAUCCCAGUCGUCCAGUGGAAAUGCCAGCUGCAGUUCUUCGCUCAUCACGCAGGGCCUCGCUGAGAAGGUAGCACGGGCCAAGGUUACACCACAUACAAGCCCUACCAAGGACGAGAACCUCUGUGGUCGACCAGCAGAGGAGCCAAAGAAGGGCGGCGACAUCUUGGGAACGAUUCGGCAGCUUGCGGCGCAGAAUGGAGGCCUGCCAGAUGACGCUAUUGAUGAUGGGAGUAGCUGUUCAUCAUCGAUUGUGGACCCUAGACAGCACCGAGCCUUUUCAUUCUCGGAUGGAGACGACCAAAUCGCAUCAGAGGACGAACCCACGCCUUCGAUGGACAGGACGUCGCGAAAUAACGGCUCAAGUUCACGAAACCCUCCGCAAGUGUCAGCGGUGCAAGAUCAAUUACUUGCGUCUCAGUUUGAUGGCGCGUCACAACUGUCUGAGAGCAUAUCUUCAAGUGCUUUGGGCUAUCGGAAGUCGGCCUCAUCCCCAUCUUCGAGUGAUACGUCGCAGCUCCGCAGUCAUGCGUCCAUGCAACGGUCCAUGGGACAGAAUCAUGCUACGGAAGCCAGCAAGAAGCAAGAGGCCGCUAACGAGGUUAGAAAGCUGGCGGCAGCUUCGAUCUGUUCACCAAUGAUAAUUGCAAUGGCUAGAGAGAGAAGCAUACCUAGUCCAACGAAGAAGGUACAAGAGGUACAGGAAGGUCAAGUACCGCGCCAGAGUCGCCGCGGUCGAUUCCUGAACCGGAACUACUCCCAGGGCCGCGCUUUCAUCAGCGAUGAGGAGCUUGCCGUGGUAGCCAACCGCACAAGAACCCGUGAACCGGCCCAGGUUCGUGCUAGAGGCCACAGCUCCGCUUCAACCGUGCCAAGCGCUGUCGAACGCCUGUCAACCGAUGUUGGCUGCAACCAAGAGGCGGCAUUUGCUGCAGCGAGGGCACUCAAGAACUCGACUUCUGAACACAAGAGCCAGAACGAGUCGCAGGCUCAAGCCGCUUAG